AGAAGAAGAAGAGCUUGACACAACACAUUAUUUGGACUAUAUCAGCUUCUGCAGUUGAUCAGGACUCAACAAACGCAAAAUGACUUUUUUAAUGAAUUUCUUUACGCUUAUUUUCAAGGCAGUAACGUUGCCCCUCCAAUUAAUGGAGGUGGUUGGCAUGUAUGGCAUCUACAAGCGUGUCUUUCCAUUUCUAAUGUACAAGAUAUCUUCGACCUACAACAAGAAAAUGAACGACAAAAAGAAGGAUCUUUUCAGCAAUCUCUCAGAGUUCACCAAAGGCAAUGGCCCGCUUCGCAUUUUGGAGAUUGGUUGCGGAAGCGGGGCUAACUUUGAAUUCUACCCGUCUGGUUGCAAGGUGGUUUGCACCGACCCCAAUCCUCACUUCGAGAAGUAUCUACAGAAGAACCUGACUGUCAAUGAUCACCUAAUAUUUGAAAGCUUUGUGGUCGCUUCGGGAGAGGACAUGGGGGCAGUGAAAGAUGACUCCGUGGACGUUGUGGUCUGCACGCUUGUGCUGUGUUCUGUCAACGACAUACCGCGAACAUUGCAGGAGGCGCAUCGCAUACUAAGGCCUGUAAGUUGAUUUUUCUUAUUUAUAGUAGAAACAUUUGAGCGCUUAUCCAUGGGGAAAGGAAACAAUACAUCCAUUCCCAAAUUGAAAAUAUUGGCCAUGGUCUCAGCUUUCAGCGUAGUUAAAUUAUGUUUUUCAGAGAAAUGUCAUUAACGCGCUGCUGUCAACAGAGAUUAUACACUGAGUAUACAAAACAUUAGGAACACCUGCUCUUUCCAUGACAGACUGACCAGGUGAAAGCUAUGAUCCCUUAUUGAUGUCACUUGUUAAAUCCACUUCAGUCAGUGUAGAUGGAUUUUUAAAUAAGGAUUUUUAAGCCUUGAGACAAUUGAGACAUUGAUUGUGUAUAUGUGCCAUUAAGAAUGAAUGGCAAGACAAAAUAUUUAAGUGCCUUUGAACGGGGUAUGGUAGUAGGUGCCAAGCGCACUGGUUUGAGUGUCAAGAACUGCAACGCUGCUGUUUUUUCACGCUCAAGUUUCCCGUGUGUAACAACAAUAGUCCACCACCCAAAGGAUAUCCAGCCAACUUGACACAACUGUGGGAAGCAUUGGAGUCAACAUGGGCCAGCAUCACUGUGGAAUGCUUUCGACACCUGGUGGAGUCCAUGGCCUGACGAAUUGAGGCUGUUCUGAGGGCAAAAGGGGGAGCAACUCAAUACUAAGAAGGUGUUCCAAAUGUUUUGUACACUGUGUAUAACUGAGGUCUCCACUAUUGUUAGGGCUUACUGUGUAGAUUGUGUAGUCUUAAUGAUUGAAACUACUUUCUUAUGAAUAUUAGGCUAUAGCUGAUAGCUGGGAAGUUGCAGUGAGCUAUAGCAGCCACCAAACGUAUGCAAUAUAGCUACACUGUAACUCAUUCAAUUUAGUUGAUUGAAUCAUCAGAAACUACACAAGCUAGUGGGUAAUGAAUACACCACUGUGCAGGCACUUGAAUCACUAAACAUAAAUGCCCUGCUGUGACUAGUUUUAGAAGACUGUCAUGUUUAUAAGUUUCAACUAAAUAGUCAGUUACUUUCUACUAAACAGUGGUAUGGACUGAAGGUGGUAACUUUUGUUGUUUCAAUGUCCAACAGGGUGGUGCUCUGUACUUUUUGGAGCAUGUAGUGGCGGACCCAUCCUCUUGGACAUACUUCUUCCAGCACGUCCUCCAGCCGAUAUGGUACUACUUUGGGGAUGGAUGUGAAGUAGUUAGGGCGACAUGGAAAGAUCUGGAGACUGCUGGGUUCUCUGAGCUCAAACUGAGGCACAUCGAGGCACCGCUCAACUUCAUGAUCAAACCACAUAUUAUAGGCUAUGCUGUCAAGUAAAGUUUGACUAAAAAAAUCUAAAAAGCACUUGCACAUCGGAGUUAUCUCAUUGCAAGUAUGUGGGAAUAAUGUGAUGACAGUUUAAAGAAAAGAGAAACCUGCACAGUGCUCUUGCUUGUAUCACGUAUUUUUUUAAAAGUUAUGUUUAAGCUAUGUAAGCUUUAAUAUAAUAAGUGAUAAGCAAGAGUGCGUGUUUCUCUUUUCUUUAAUGUCUUAAGGAUCGGACCCUUUUUAAAAAAAUGUUGUCUAAAAUGACAUACCCAAAUCUAACUGCCUGUAGCUCAGGACCUGAAGCAAGGAUAUGCAUAUUCUUGAUACCAUUUGAAAGGAAACACUUUGAAGUUUGUGGAAAUGUGAAAUUACUAUAGGAGAAUAUAACACAUUAAAUCUGGUAAAAGAUAAUACAUACAAAAAAAAACAUGCGUUUUCUAUUUAUUUUUUUGUUACAGAAUCUUUGAA